AAACUCAUGAUGGUGUACAAGAUAUGGCAUGCGAUACUUUUAUCAAAAUUGCUAUGAAAUGUAGAAGGUACUUCGUUCAAGUUCAAGUUGGAGAAGCCAUGCCAUUUAUUGAGGAAAUUCUUAAUUCAAUGGCAACAAUUAUUAGUGACUUACAACCACAACAAGUGCAUACAUUUUAUGAAGCAGUCGGUAUUAUGAUUAGUGCUCAAGUGAAUUCUAAAAUCCAAGAACAACUAAUUGAUAAAUAUAUGUUAUUGCCAAAUUUAAUUUGGGAUGAUUGUAUCAGUCAAGCUUCAAAAGAUGUUGAGAUAUUAAAAGAACCAGAGUUUGUCAAACAAUUGGGUAAUAUUUUAAAAACAAAUGCUAGAGCAUGUAAAUCUCUAGGACAUCAAUAUGUUGUUCAAUUGGGAAGAAUAUACUUGGAUAUGUUGAAUAUUUAUAACGUAAUGAGUGCUAAUAUUACUGAUGCCAUAGCUACUAAUGGAGAUAGUGUUACAAAACAACCAUUGAUUAAAAAUAUGAGAGUUAUAAAAAAAGAAACUUUACGAUUGAUAUCUGAUUGGAUUUCUAGGUCUAAUGAUAAUGCUAUGGUACUAGAGAAUUUUAUUCCUCCUCUUUUGGAAACUGUAUUGGCUGAUUACAGUAAAACUAUGCAUCCAUCUGCUAGAGAACCAGAAGUCCUCAGUGCGAUGGCAACAAUAAUUGACAAACUACAAUCUGAUAUAACUCCAGCAGUGUCCAAAAUUUUAGAUGCUGUGUUCGAGGCCACACUUACAAUGAUAAAUAAGGAUUUUGAGCAAUUUCCUGAACACAGAACAAAUUUCUACCUUCUUUUACAAGCAAUAAAUAAUCAUUGCUUUGUGUCAUUCCUAUCAAUACCAGCCCCUCAGUUUAAAUUGGUUCUGGAUUCAAUAUUUUGGGCUUUUAAACAUACAAUGCGUAAUGUUGCUGAUACUGGAUUAUUGAUAUUGUAUAAAUUAUUGCAGAAUGUUCAACAACAUAAGCAAGCAGCUCAAAGUUUUUAUGUAUCAUACUUUACUGAUAUUUUACAACAUGUUUUUUCUGUUGCCACAGAUACCUCUCAUACCGCAAGUUUAUUAAUGCAUGCACAAAUCUUAUCAUACAUGUUCAAAUUAGUGGAAAGUGAUAGGAUUGAAGUAUUAUUAAGUGCACCGGGUGCACCUCCUGAUGGUGAAGUCACAGAUAAAAAUGUUGCCUAUGUUCGUGAUUUUGUUGCAUCACUGCUAAAGACAGCCUUCCCUCAUUUGGCUGACCCACAAAUUGCUCUUACUGUACAAGGCAUGUUUAAUUUAAAUCAUGACCUAACAGCUUUUAAAGAUCAUCUUCGUGAUUUCCUUGUUCAGAUCAGGGAAUUUACUGGAGAAGAUAUAUCUGACUUAUACCUUGAAGAAAGAGAACAAGCAUUGAGGGCUGCUCAAGAAGAAAAGCGUGAAGUACAGAAGUCUGUGCCUGGUAUAUUAAAUCCACAUGAAAUCACUGAUGAUAUGCAAGACUAAAAUUACAUGAAUAUCGCAUCACAUAUACAUCCAUUGGUUUUGUUACAUAUGGUUAUUAUUUUAUUCUAAAUCCAUCCAUUCAAUGCAGAACAUACAUUUUUUUUAACAGCAUAUUUAGACGUUUAUUCCUUAUCAACAGUCUCUUUUGCUAAUAAUAGAAUAAUAUGUAUAUUUCUAAAACAAAAUCUAAAAUGUUUUUGUAAGUUAAGAAAGUUUUAUAUUAAAAACUGAAAAAUUGACUGGCUAAGAAUAUAUGUUUAAGUUAUGACUUACUCUGGUAUCUGCUGCUGCUGUGGCUGUGGAUUUUUAAGCCCACCAAUUCUAUUUAUUUAGAGAAACUACUACUUAGUAAGUUUUUUUAUACACAUAAACAAUAAUAAAAUUAAAAGA